UCUCGUGUAGCCGUCUUACUGAAUUUGAACUACAUUUCCCGAGUGUUACAACCUUUGACUCUACGUCCUGGCAAAAAAUAUAUAUAUAUCGCGGAAAUCGUCGUUCGUGUGCCGGCAAGCUCUGUCAAAACAGAGGAACAUGGCUUUUAAAUGCAUCGAGUGUAACGAGGAAGCUUCGGAAUUAUAUCGAGAUUACCGUAACGGCAUCGUGAAGAUAACAAUAUGUAAAUCAUGUGCCAAGCCUGUGGACAAGUACAUCGAAUACGAUCCCGUCAUCAUCCUCAUAGACGCCAUCUUGUGUAAAAUCCAGGCUUUCCGACACAUUCUGUUCAACACGCAGAUCAAGAUCCACUGGAAGCUGUGUGUUUUCUGCCUGCUGUGUGAAGCUUAUCUCAGAUGGUCUCGCCUCCAGAGUUCAGAGGUCACCGGCGAUCCCGCUGACAUCAUCAGAUAUACCAAAGAAUGGGACUUUUAUGGGAUGUUUGCUCUGGCUGCUCUUGAGCUGGGUGUGUACUGUGCAGGUGUGUUAGCAGUGUUCUGGUGUGUACAGAAGCUGUACAGUGUGUGUGUGGAGACGUCUGAUCUGCUGAAGGCUCUGCUUCUCUCCUGUUACGGGAAAGUGCUGCUGAUCCCCGCCGUGAUCUGGGAGCAUGAUUACUCUCCGCUCUGCUUCACCCUCAUCCGAGUGUUCGUGCUCACGUCCAACGCACAGGCCGUACGGGUGAUCCUGAACUGCCGCAGGCGUCUCUCCAUCUUUGCCGUGUUCGUGGGUCUGCUGUUAGAGAUGUUCGUCUCUCACGCUUUACACAGGCUGCAGCCGAGCUCACACACACUCCUGCCCGAGCUCUACACGUGAAUGCGUGGGAUACGAGAAGAACUCCACGUGAAGAGAUCUUGUUUUUCCUCUCACACACACGCCGAGGAAGGAGGAGAGGCGCUCGAGUCGAGUCAGGAGUCGUCUCCGGCGUGUUCGCACACAUUCCCCUUGGGCGGCUUGUCGAAUUCUUGUCAAUUAGCCGAGAGAGACAGAAUGUGUGUGUGUGUGUGUGUGUGAAAGAGAGAGAGAAAUGCACUGCAAAUGGUGUGUGUUAACAGCACACACACACACCAUUUUCUAUGCCCUGAUUGAUGUGUGUAUGAAAUGAAAGCUAUAAGGACAUGUUUACAGAUAAACAUCCAAUAAACAAUCUAUUUACAUAAACUACAGCUAAAUAUACAACACUGUUUUAUUGUUUAUUUUGUGAAACAAAAACUUUUUAUCCAUUUAUAGCUACAUUUAAUACUGUGGAACGUUUAUUAAAAAAAAUG